AUGUCAAGCCAAGACGAAAGUUUGACAAAUAGAUCCAUUGACCACUGCAAAACACCAACUACAGUCACAUAUCAAGCCCUCUCCUGGCUGAUGCUUGGAGAAUUCAUGCUGGGUCUACCUCUCAACCUGUCUGUCCUUUACAUCUUCAUCUUCAGAUUCAAAUUCUGGAAGAAUAAAAGCAUCUUCCUGUUCAACAUAGUUGUUGCUGAUUUUUUGCUAGUGGUCUGCCUUCCCGUCAAGAUCUACCAUUACCAGCACAACAUGAGGCGCAGCGAUGACGACGUGGUUUGUAAGAUGAUGCUCUUCAUGCUUUUUCUCAACCGAGGAGCCAGUAUUGCCUUCCUCGUCGCUCUUUCCCUCGAUCGCUACUUUAAUGUGGUCCAUCUUGGGAGGAAAAACUGUGUCAAAGUGUUGAAGAAAUCCCCUCAGAUCUCUGUGGUCAUCUGGCUGUUUCUGCUGCCUCUCACCAUCCCAACCAUGGUCAAGACCUUCGAGUGCUGCAACAGCCACGGCCGGCAAGUGGAGACCCCGUCUCAUGAUGUGACAGAUACCUUCAGAGAGUUAGUGUUCUUCAGUCAAAUCAUCAUUCCCUUCAUUAUCCUCGUCUACUGCACGAUACGCAUCGUGAACCGGCUGAAGAAGACGACAAUGGGGAAACAGGCCAAACUGAGGAGAGUUGUGUUUGUGGUCAUGUCGGUUGUCAUUGUCUUCUCUAUCUGCUUCUUGCCUUGCGCAAUAGCCAGAGCUGUUCUUCUGAGCGUGCGGCUGAAGGAGUGGGAAGAAGCAGAAAAUAUAGCGGUUCAGGUGAACGACAGCCUCAUGGUUUUAUCCUUCACAGACUGCCUUCUGGACCCGCUGGUUUACUGCUUCUGUCAUUCAGGGUUUAAAGAUGCUUACAUAUCCACCUUCUGUCCACCAUUUCUCAAAAGGAGACUGUUGAAGUCUAACUACUGCGUAGGACCUGCAAUGACUGCAACAAAAACCACCGCCCUCCUCAUAAUAGAGAAAUGA